UUGGGAAGGACGGGUGGGGUAGCUAAACCGCACACAUUCCAUUGCCAUAUCUGCUGUAGCAGUAGGGACGGAUCUAGUAUUAGCCGUCUCAUCAGGCGAUUGCAUGCCCUGGGAAUCCUGGACAUAUUCCCGCAACUUCUGAGCAGCUGCAUAAGCGCCGGCAAUAUCUGGGGCAUGCGCUAAAAGGGCCGACGCAGAUUGCGACCCCACACUGUUGCUGUAAAGCAGAUGAAGAACUGUCGUAUAUCAUACUCGCCAGUGGCGAUGAGAUGGACCCUGCCUGUAAUCGCCGGGUGCGAAGGAGGAAGCGAUGUAAGCAGAGCCAUGAGUGCCCAGGCCGUUUGCGACGGCGUUGAUGGCCCCCGGCCUACUGUGCUAGGGUCUCAAUAGGUUUCCAGAAAUUCACCCCAUCCUCCAUCUUGAUUCUGGAUUGAGAUCAGCCAGUCAACCCGCUUUUUAUAUCCAAUCUCCAAUGCGAGCGCCUGCAGUGUUUUGGGCAGAUUUGUACUCUGCGAGACCACACACUACGUUGCUUGUUCCAUGUAUGAAAUUGACACCCCAGCGGCCGAACCAUGCUCCGGUUGUCUCCUGCUCGUUGGCAAGGAACUGCAUGGCACGGUCAGCUGACAGCCUCAUUGCUUUCUUCAUGUCGAUAGGGACAUAUGGCUUCGUGUGCGAAUCAAAUUUCAUCACAAGACCAAACGCCUCCAGAAUUCGCGCUGUUACAUCUGCCUCGGACGGGUCGCACAUGGCUUCCAUGUCACUGAACGGUAUGCGGUUGAGAAACAGUUUGUUUUUUUCACGGUCGAAAGUGCCCCAGCCUCCAUCGUUGUUUUACAUACCCAGUAUCCAUUCAAUGGCACGGAGAACCGCUUCGGAACCAACUGACUGGGGUUCUUUCUUGACAAAAGCAAGAACUGCAGCGGCGGUGUCGUCAACAUCCGGGGUCCAGACGUUGCAUUAUUCGAAACUAAAUCCUCCUGGCCUAAGUUUCGGGUUGAGGAUCUUCCAGUCACCUUGUGGUCCCAGAAUCUGGCGAUAAUCAAGCCAACAUGGGAACUUUGAAAUGAAUAUGCAGGGUGUGCAUUACAUUAAUUUGAACGUUUCCCAUGACCAUAGUGGCAAUUAUCUAAAACACAACACUGAAAAUAUAAUAAUAACUAUAAAUCAGUCCCUGAAAACCGGAGACCCAACCCACGAAUAGGCAUCUCGGUCAU